GAUUGAACAGGGGAUCAAUAUCUGCUGGUUCCUGGGCUAGUCAAAGACGCGCAUGUGGCGAGGAAGAUCAGCCAACCGUGGGGCGACGUCGGUCCACAUUUCUUCUCUCAGGGUCAAAGCUGCCAACAACUCCAAUCGCCCCUCGCCCACAACCUUGGACCUGUUCACUCAAUUGUCUCUCCCUCAAUUGCUUUACCACGGCCAGUAUGCGGUCGUCAGUCUCUACCGCCACGGUGCCAGCGCCGAAGCCCACUGGCAGAGGUUUCACAGUCAAGGCGGAGAAGCAGCCACAGCAAGGGAAAGUCGACCAAGAGCAUGUACCUGGCCAUGACGACUUCUUCUGGACCUACACCGAAGAGCCGCACAAGACGCGGCGAAUGGCCAUCAUCAAGGCCCACCCAGAGGUAACCAAGCUCUGCGGCCCUGAGCCCCUCACCAAAUACGUCGUCGCACUCGUCGUGUCUAUCCAAGUCCUCUGCGCAUAUCUCCUCCGCAACACGUCCAUGCUCUCAUGGCCCUUCUUCCUCACAGCCUACGUCGUCGGCGCUACAGCGAACCAGAACCUGUUCCUCGCCAUCCACGAGAUCUCGCACAACCUCGCCUUCAGGAACCCGCUUGCCAACCGCAUCUUCGCGGUAUUCGCCAAUCUACCCAUUGGCAUACCCUACAGUGCCUCCUUCAGGCCCUACCAUCUCACACACCACAAAUCCCUCGGCGUCAAUGGCCUUGACACGGAUCUGCCCACCGCUUUCGAAGCCGUGUUCCUCGACUCGGUUGCUGGCAAGGCCUUUUUCGCCACCUUCCAGAUCCUCUUCUACGCCCUGCGCCCCAUGUUCGUCUACAAUCUGCCCAUGACCCAGAUUCACCUCUUCAACGUCGCCGUGCAGCUCGCUUUCGACUAUGCCCUCGUACACUUUGCAGGAGGAAGGGCUCUAGGUUACUUAAUUAUGAGCAGUUUUCUUGCCGGAUCCCUGCACCCCUGCGCAGGCCACUUCAUCGCCGAGCACUACGUCUUCGAGAAGCCAAACAAGGACACUACCAGCCCCGCGAACAAGAUUCCCCUACCCGAGACAUACUCAUACUACGGGCCUCUCAACUUCUUCACAUACAACGUUGGCUUGCACAAUGAGCACCAUGACUUCCCUGCCGUUCCCUGGACCCGCCUACCCAAGCUGAAUCAGAUCGCCCACGAGUUCUAUGACGACCUGCCCCGACAUGAGAGCUGGAUAUAUGUCAUUUGGCAGUUUAUCUGGGACAAGGAUAUCAGUCUGUGGUGCAGAAUCAAACGGGAGGAGGGAGGAAGAAAAGUUGGUGCCGGGAGUGGAUGGAAUGAGGAAGAUUUGGGCUCAAAUGAGAAAAAUGGCCCAAUCCCUGGUGUUCGAUGAAAAUGCUUGAUUUGGUCUAUUGCAUAUUUGGCGUUUUGAGCGGCAUUGUUUAUACAUAGAACAAGAAUUCAGAAGCUUCUUUCGCUGCUUUUUGAACAGAUCUACUUCCUCCGUGUUACCAACGUGUGAUUGGAGGAGUCAUUGCAUCAUCCUAAGCGUACCCUAACUUACUGCCAAGUUUCAUUAGAGUCAAAAACUUGGGGUAUACAUCAGCUACUGGUGGGUGACUUCGUCGAUGUUGCUGGAAGAUGUAAUCCCGGCGCUGGGUUCGAGGCGUCAAAGUCUGAUGCGGCAACAGCACCAAAUCAAGAUGGAGGCUUUCCCUUUGAAUCCCAUUUCAGCAACAGCUAGACACUGUCGAAGUCGGAGAGUAAGCCACUUUUUUAGUAGCAAGUUCCAUCGCAGCCCGAAUAGCACAGCCUUUCAAACUCGAGAAAGCCAUCUUCGAACGAGGAAGAUUACUGCUUUUGCUUCUUUCAC